AUGUCGCGAACUCUUUCUCGGGCGGAAGUAAUUAUUUUCCUUGUGAUUUUUUGUGUUCUCAAUGCCAACGGUACUGAUGAGACAAUUGGUACGCUAGGAAAUGUGGUCGAUUUUAGUCGUUUGUUUGGACUGAAUUAUGGUGAUCCCGAUCCGGUUGUUCUUGACUCGUACGACUUCAUAGUGGUUGGUGCAGGACCUGCCGGGUCGGUUGUGGCAAAUAGACUAACCGAAAAUCCUUCAAUCACGGUGCUAUUGCUGGAGAUCGGAAAGGCGGAAAUACCAUUGAUACAGCAAGUGCCAAUUUUGUUCCCCGCUCAGUCUACAACGGAUUACAAUUUUGGAUACUUGACAGAGAGACAGGAGAGGGCGUGUUUAGGAUUGAUCGACCAGCGCUGCGCUUGGCAUCAAGGUAGAGGACUCGGAGGCUCGACGAUCAUUAACGAUAUGGUGUUCACCAGAGGAAAUCGACGAGAUUUUGAUACCUGGAAUGCCACCGGUAAUCCAGGCUGGAGUUAUGAAGAAGUUCUUCCAUACUUCAUCAAAUUAGAAAAAACGUAUAUUCGCGGUUUAGAAAAUAAUGGUAUUCGUGGCAACAACGGAUACCUUUCGGUGGAAGAUGCGGCCUACAGAUCACCAUUGGUUGAUGCACUGGUUCAAAGUGCUCAGUUGGUCGGUCUUCCAUACAUUGAUUAUAAUGGACCAGAGCAAUACGGUGUGUCAUACGCUCAAUUUACUAUGAAAUCUGGAAGAAGAAUGUCAGCUGGAGUAGCGUUUCUUCAGCCAAUACGCGAAAGGAAGAAUCUUCACAUUCUCACAAAAGCCUGGGUUACGAAAAUACUGUUUUCGAAAAAUACCAAUAUAGCUAAAGGUGUGUUAUAUACAAGGGAGAAGAAAAACUAUACAGUGAGAGCCAAACGAGAAGUGAUUGUUUCGGCGGGUACAUUCGGUAGUGCAAAAUUGCUCAUGCUUUCCGGUGUGGGACCAAGAAAUCACCUCCGAGAAUUGGGAAUAAAAGUGAUAAAACAUCUACCUGUUGGUGAAACACUAUAUGAUCAUCCAGCUGCGUUAGGGCCAAUAUUUAUAGCGUCUAAGUUGAAUGAUGAAUUCAGAAAUUCCGAAAAUGUAAUCAAUUUUAACAAUAUCCUGAAAUACCUAAAUGGUGGCGGUCCUCUCUCAUCGCCUUACGCGGAAGGAUUGGCCUUUUUCAAAACACCCGUUUCACUUAAUCGUGAUCCAGCAUGGCCAGAUGUAGAACUACUUCAACUGAUAGUCAACCCCGGCGAUGACCCCACCCCAGUUUCCAGGAUAUUUUUCCGCAUGAAUAACGAAAUUAUGCAAAAUUAUUUUGAGCCUCUGCGCAAUCGACGGGCAUUCAUGUACUUACCCAUUGGGCUGAAUUCAACCACCAAAGGUUCGCUGAGACUAAAAUCAACAAAUCCAUACGAUCAUCCGGUGUUUAAAUAUCAGUAUUUUGAAGACCAGCGGGAUUUGGAAGCUCUAGUUCAUGCAAUCAAAGCUGCAAUCGAAAUCACCCAACAAAAACCCUUUCGCGAUUUGGGAGUGGAAAUUUACAAUGCUAACGUGCCUGGCUGCCAACAUUUUCAGUUCAACACCGACGACUACUGGCGGUGUCACAUAUCAACACUGACAUACGUGGGAUAUCAUUUUGUGGGUACUAGUAAAAUGGGUCCAGUGACUGAUCCCACCGCAGUGGUGAACCAUCGCCUCCAGGUGCAUGGCAUGCGGAAGUUGCGCGUUGUGGACGUCGGAAUCAUCCCGAGUGCACCGUCAGGACACACUUCAGCGUUCGCCUACAUGAUCGGUGAGAAGGCAGCCGAUAUGAUCAAACAGGAUUAUUUAAUUUGAUACGUAGGGACGAUUACAUAGUUGUUUACAUGGUGCAAUAAAUGUUGGAGCAACAACGGAAAAAAAAAACAAAACAUGUUAAAACUCGAAGGGUAA